GCCGUAGCGGAACGCGCUGGCGGGUGCGGCGAGGCGGUCCCUUCGAGUGUGGUAGUUCGCUCCCUGAAGGGAGUGAGGGCAGUUAGGUUCUUCGGGCCACUUUCCCUUCCCCGGGAGAUGUCCUUUGCUUCUCAGAUGUAAUGCACUUUAAGUUUGUUAUUCAACAGUGAAAAUGAGUCAUACGGAGGUUAAACUAAAAAUACCUUUUGGAAAUAGAUUACUAGAUGCUGUUUGUUUGGUACCUAACAAGAGCUUAACAUAUGGAAUAAUUCUUACACAUGGAGCAUCAGGAGAUAUGAAUCUUCCUCAUUUGAUGUCACUGGCAUCCCAUCUUGCAUCUCAUGGGUUUUUUUGCCUGAGAUUUACCUGUAAAGGCCUUAAUAUUGUACAUAGAAUUAAGGCAUAUAAAUCAGUUUUGAAUUACCUAAAGACCUCAGGAGAAUACAAACUUGCAGGUGUUUUCCUUGGAGGUCGUUCAAUGGGGUCAAGAGCAGCUGCUUCUGUGAUGUGUCAUAUUGAGCCAGAUGAUGCUGAUGAUUUUGUUCGAGGUCUCAUUUGUAUUUCCUAUCCACUGCACCACCCAAAGCAGCAGCAUAAACUUAGAGAUGAAGAUCUCUUUCGUAUAAAAGAUCCUGUACUGUUUGUGUCAGGCUCAGCAGAUGAAAUGUGUGAAAAGAACUUGUUGGAGAAAGUGGCACAGAAAAUGCAAGCUCCUAAUAAAAUCCACUGGAUUGAGAAGGCAAAUCAUUCCAUGGCAGUGAAAGGACGGUCAACAAAUGAUGUUUUCAGAGAAAUAAAUACACAGAUUUUGUUUUGGAUCCAGGAAAUCACUGAAAGGGACAAGAAAUAAUUGUCUUUAGUUAAAAGCCAUAUUAUUUUUAAUACAUAUAGUUAAUUUGUUCAAGAAUAGCAUGUCUCUCAGCAUUAUGAGAUAUAUUUCAGACUAAUGUUCUUUAAUGUUCCUGUUUUUAAAACAUAUUUUAAUUGUGAAAGUAAUGUCCUUUACAAAGUGUCUUUUGAAAGCACUGUUAUAGUUGUAUAGAGAUGAUGUACAAAUAUUGAAGGUGGUCUAAAUAUAAUUUAUUUUCAUUAAUAUAGUUAAUGUUUGAAAAAUUAAACUUUGAAUUUUGUUACAACAGAA